CGAUUGGACGCCAUCUUGGUUCUUGCGCAACCGGGAAACACGAACGAAGCGUGAGCGCCGAGUCGGCGCAGCGUUUGGAAAAAAAAGGUAAGCAAGGUAACGCGAGACCCUUCAAAACACACGGCUGCUUUGAGAGAGACAACUGGGGCCGAGAUAAAAAAGCGCUCGAUAAGAUACGCACCGUCGAACCUUGGAACUGACGUUCACGCGGGAGCAGGCAACUGCGCCGCCGAGCCGCUCGCCGAUCAAAGGCGGAAUCGUCGACGCCGGCGUUCUGUGGCGACGGUAACGCUCGCCCACGACCAGUACACCAUGAACGUCGGAAUAGGCCUGGUUGCUGUGACGCUCGCUCUGCUGCUGGCCGCUGCUGCGGCCGGAGAAGGCCACUCCCCCUUGGCAGGGACGAUGAACCCAUCCACGGCGGCACCGUCGCCAGCGCCAUCGACAACAGCUUGCAGCGUUUCCAUGCCGGACUUCCACUUGUCCGCGGUGAGCGCCAGGAACGCCACGGUCCAGCUGGUCCGGAGGGGGCACCAGGAGGGCUGGACCAUGUGCGCGUGCGCCAUCAACAGCCUCCUGGUGAGCAAGAUGAAGGACAUCGCGUGCCAGCAUCGGGGCCCCUGCCAGACGUCCAACGGCACCGAGAUCAGCAUGGGGGGUCUGACGGCGGACACCAACUACAGUGUCUGCGUCCGCUACCAGUGUCCCGGAGGAGGCGUGGGCCCGGUCACCUGUCAGCACAUGCGCACGGGAGCGGAGCCCGGGGGCAUCGCGAACGUCACAGUGGGUGGCGUGUCAAGCACGGAGGCGAACGUGAGCUGGGCCGCGUCGGGGACUCUGACCGACUUCCGGGUCACCCUGUGGCGGAUCCAGAAGCACCGGGAGAAGAGCCACGUCCCGGUCACCACCCUGCUGAGCAGCGUGCCCCGCUGCCGCUUCAGCCACCUCGCCCCCUGGACGCCCUACCGGGUAGAGGUGCUCAGCUCCACCGAGGGCGGCCCCGUCGGCGGCUCAGCGGUCUUCAAGACGCCGGCCACGGCCCCGACCGAGCCUCGCCAGCUGGCACUGGUGAACGCGACCAGCACGAGCCUGAGCCUCAAGUGGGAGCGGCCGGAAGACGCCCGCGGCCCACUGUCCGGCUACACGGUGUUCUACGGCCCGUCCCAGGACAACCGCAAGCGCAGCUCCCUGGCGACUAACGGCACCGCGGUGACGCUGGACGGGCUGACGGCCAACACAGAGUUCGAGGUGUACGUAAAGGCCUUCAACGAGCUCGCCGACGGCACCGAGGUGGCCAGCCAGCCCGUGCGCAUCCUGGCCAGGACCGACAUCGGGGCGCCCAGCAAGGUGCAGCAGCUGAGGCUGGUGAGCACGAGCAAGAACUCUGUGGUGGUCGAGUGGAGCGCUCCGCUCAAGCUCAACGGGCCGCUGGACGGCUACCUGGUGUACCGGUGCAACCGCAGCGCUCAGCUGGGAGCCGUUACCAACCACUCCGAGUGCCACACGCUGCACCCGGGCAAGGCGACGCGGGUGAGCGUCGCGGGCCUGGACCCGGAGUCCGGCUACACCCUGGCCGUGUCCGCCUACAACCUGAGGGCCGACCGUCAUACCAGGUUCGAGGGCGCCCUUGAGACCAUCGACGUGGAAACGCUGCCCGAAGCGCCCUCUGCCCUGUCCGACCUGGACGUGCGCAUCCUGAGCCCCGACUCCGUGGAGGUGGCCUGGGAGGCCCCCGGGGCCGGGGUGUCCGGCUACGUGGUGGCCUGGUGCCAGGACCGACGCUGCCUCGAGGAGAGCGUGCAGCAGGCCAGGGUCGUCAUCCACGGCCUCCACUCGGACUCUGAGUACAACGUGAGCGUCGUGCCCUUCCGGACCGACGGCCGAGGGAACCGGGUGCUCGGCCCGCUCACCACCAAGCAGGUCACCGUCAAGGAGCCCGUCGAUUCGGCGGCCGCCUCGGAGUACCUGAUGGGCACGAUCGUCUGCUCGGUCCUCAUCAUGCUCAUGGCGGGCCUCGUGUUCUUCGUGUGCCGAAAGAAGAAGGGAACGGGUCCCCAGUUGUACAAAAGAAUGAGUUCCCUGGAAAAUGACGAUGAUGACAUUGUGUUCAUGAAGACCGUCCCGAGCAGCCGCCCUGAACGCACGCUCUGAUAAGGCGACACUCUUCGAAACAAGCCGUCAAUUCUCACUUAGUGAACAAGACAAACACACGUGCGCAUUUUCAGCGAAACGACGCAGUGGGAUAGUUACAAGAGGGGAAGCAUGUUGUGCAGCUAAAAGACGGUAAUAUGUUUGAGUGUCUAUGGUACAAUCUAAUUUGCUAUUUGGAAAAGAUGUUGUACAGAUAAAAGACGAUAAUGUUUCUGAGUA